AAACUGAGUAUGGUAUAAGAAGUUGUGUUGACUUUUUUUCUUGGAGUCUUAUAUUUAACAUUUAAGUUCAUGUGAAAACGCGUGUACGCACGGUGCACGCUCAAAUGUGCACUAUACGUGUAUACAAUUAAGCGUUAUCGACAAGAAGAUGUUUAGGGAGGAAGACACGCUUAGAACUGUAGGAGAAAAAGGAUCGGUGAAUUUAAUGUGCUCUCGAUGAACUUCGUUCAAACAUUGCUGUAGUCUUUCGUUUCUUCAUAAAGAACCGAGACUGACUUUUAAAUAAAUUCGGAUUUCGAAUUCGUAGACGUUGCACUCUUGUUAUGUAUGUAUAAAAAGUGUGAGUGGAAUUUGCAUAUAUUUAUUUUACUUUGAGAUUAAAGAAUUUUAAGAAUAAAAAAACGCGACCACGAAACUAUUGGCGUUUCACGACGGGAGUGAUUGAACGAAUCUCAUUACUGAAAAACCUUCCCUCUUUAUUACAAUGUACGUGUUGAUAUCUCAGGAUGUUCUAUCGCCUCUCUCUCUCUCUCUCUCUCUCUCUCUCUCUCUCUCAGUAUUCUCCCUAAAUCCGUAUUAGCUCUACUGUAUAUAGAUAUUAUGCAUGUAUUAGGUACAUGGGUGGAAUUAACUCUGUUUUUUCUUUCCCACGUUACAAUAUCCAUGUUACUUGUCGCUCACUAGUAGUACAUGAUGUAGGCCUAAGUUGUAUGUACGUAUGUGCAGCGUGAUUAAUACCUUGAUAAUGAUACAUCAAUAAAUGGCCUUAUCAGUGUACAGUUUUGUAUUUCGUGUGUAUACUACAUCGUAUAUAUUCUUCUUUCGCUUUCGUGUGCUAGAUUGUGCGCCGGAAUGAAUGACAUUCCAAGCACGUCUAUAAUCCGCAAUAUAUUUCUCAUUAGCUAAAGGAAUUUGUCUGUCAGAUAUUAUUCCGCAUUAUGCCGUGAUGAUGAUGAUGAUGAUAUAAUGAUUCGUUAUAUUCGGGUAUAUAAGAUAUUCGAGGUGAGACGUCGAGUUCAUCGACGAGUGCGAUGAAAAUUGACAUCGGUUUUCAGGCCGAAGAGUCCACCAUUGAACGUUGAUGCAACGAUAACGGAACGGAUGCUGCAUAUGUGUACCAACGCGCCAACGCGAUAUUCAGAGCAAUUGGAGGGUGCGAUGUAUGUUCAGGAAGAGACAAAGUUCCGGGUUGCCGUUAACAAGCGUGAAGGCUCCGGGAACCGUGACGGGGAAUAGUCAUCCAAGCUGACGAGAUGACUCUUUCUUAUGACGAAACAGUUUCGUACAGAGUCUCGUCGGACGAGGACUCUCAAAAUUGACUCGGUAUCGCGCAACUUGGCGAUUCUCUGUCCGUCUGUCCAUUUUUCCUUCUUCCUUUUCUUCGCAUCGGAGACAACAAGCGAGGCAAGCAAUGUAUAAGCAAUUUAUAAUUACAUCACCAUCGUAUUAUUUAUUAUUUCCUUUUGUCUUUAUAUGUGUGAUUUAUCUUUACAUGCGCAAGUUACAUGUGCAAGUGAAGAAAGAUACAUGUGCUGUUUCUUUUCUCCUUUGUACGUGCACAUCUUAUCACUCUGUACAAUAUCAUUUUUAAUUUGUCUUUAUUGAUUCGCAAAGAAUAUUGCUUUUCAGAUAUUACGCAAAAAUGACGUUCAAAUCUCUAGUCAAUCUUGCAAACUUUGGAAAACCUUCUUACACAUCUAUCGAACGAUAUCACAAUGAAGGAAGUGGCUACCAUUAUCACGGAUGGCAAAGGUACGAUUGAUAUCGCGAUUGGUAUCGCUAUCAGAAUCUCGCAAAACAAGCUUCUGCUUCUUCGUGAAUUAUCAUCUCUCAUUGUGUUCAUAUAUUGCAGCAGCUCUUCCAAAGGCAAAGGUGGAAGUGGCGCAGCACUGAGUGCACUGACUUUGCUCGCUUUCUUGUUUCUCAUAAACGUCAUGCAGCAAUCUCUCCAGGAUAACAACUCGACGUCUACCACGACGACUACCGCAGUGUUAUUGCGAGAUACCGAGUUACCGAUAAUCUUGGACAAUGGAGAGGAUAAAGAUGUCAAGACGAAGGACGAAUUUUUGCGUGUUACAAACGCAUAUGACUCGAAAACGAUGGUAAAGGAUCGCAUGUAAGGCGAGAAUUAACUACUUGGCAAUAUUGUAGCGUCUCGAUAGAUAUUUUCAUCUUUAAAUUUCAUUUUUUUACUCGAAGAAAAUUAUUUAAUUGUAUGUAUACACAAAUUUAACGACUGUAAAAUGAUCAAUAAACCAAAAUUUCAAAUGAUUCAGACAAUUAUCAAAACACACAUAAACAGUUUAUUUUACUUUAUUUUCCUCUCUUUCUGAACAUGAUGAGGUCAUUAAACGUAUUAACGUCGUCGUUGUCGUCGUCGUCGUCGUUGUCGUCGUCGUCGUCGUCGUCGUCGUCGUCGUCGUCGUCGUCGUCGUCGUCGUCGUCGUCGUCGUCGUCGUCGUCGUCGCCAUUUAAACAUAUUUCAGUACUCGAAAAUGUAUUUCCGUCCCUAUAAUUUUAUUUACAUAACAUUAGAAAUAUUUUAAUUUUUACUUCAUUUUUCGUCACACACACAUUGUCUUACAUUGCAUUGAAAAAUAAUCACGAACGAUCAUGUAUUGCUGGGAGAAUGGGCGAUGUGGCGUUUCCUCGCAUGUCAACAUAUCCGAGAAGUCUCGGAUUUUCUUGUCGAACGGCCAGAACGGCUAAUUUCCUCGAGUGUAUCCGGCAGUUUAAAUAAAGUACGUGUAC